GGUGCUGCGCGCGGCCCGGCUCCCGACCCCUCCCCCUCCCCCUUCCUCGGGACCCCCCUCCCCCCUCCCCCCGGCCGUGCGCUCCACCCGCUCAGCCUGGGAUUUGUUUCUGAAUGCAGAGAGCAUGAUGGCUUCUGAACUAAGCAGUGAUUCGGCCUCUGCUCUUGCUUCUCAAGAAACUGCUUCUGCCUCCUGUGGUUCUAACACAGAGGAAGGUCUCCCUGAUGGUCUCAGCCCAAGAGAUACAUCUGUGCAGGAAAACAAGAGCUUGUCUCUGUUGAUAGGAUCUAGCGACCAAGUGAUAACCAAGGAGAAUAGCAGAGAUGUUAGUUUGGAACAUGCAAAAAUGAAUCCUGGUUCAUCAGCAGGUGACAUGUUACCAACCACAGAGGACCAUGUGACCUUAGGAGGCGACUUGGAAUCCACAGCUCUUGAUCUUCCUGGAAAUGGUUCUAUAGACAGUCAGACUUUGUCCCUGGGUAAUGAAGCUUGUCAGUCUGAUUUGGAGGAUUUGACCACUAUAGCAAGAGGAGAGGAACACAUACACUCUGGUGAUAGCCUGCAGCCACCUUCUCUGUACUUUGAGGCAGAGUGCCCUGUGAACCAUCAGAAUGCCUCCAGAGAUUGUUCAGAAGAGGAAAUACAAGCUUCUGCUCCACUGGAAGGUAGCGAAGAUACAGGCCUGGAUUACCGACCUCCACCAAAUGGGGAGAAUGGGGUUUCAGGAGACAGAGCUGGUCAGGAUGUGGAUCAGGAUGGCUCAUCCUUGAAGCUCUCUCAGAACAUUGCUGUGCAGACUGACUUCAAGACUGCUGAUUUGGAGGUGAAUACAGAUCAGGAUAUUGAAAAGAAUUUGGAUAAAAUGAUGACAGAAAGGACACUGCUGAAGGAGCGGUACCAGGAAGUAUUGGACAAGCAGAGGCAGGUGGAGAAUCAACUUCAGGUGCAGCUAAAGCAAUUACAGCAGCGAAGAGAAGAAGAGAUGAAGAGUCAUCAGGAGAUAUUAAAGGCCAUCCAGGAUGUGACCAUCAAACGACAGGAAACAAAGAAGAAGAUAGAGAAGGAAAAGAAGGAGUUUCUUCAGAAGGAGCAGGACCUGAAAGCUGAAAUUGAGAAGCUCUGUGAGAAGAACAGAAGGUUACUGGAAAAUCAGGAGGAGAAGGAGAAUAAAAUUGUUUCUCUAAUCGCAGAACAGGCUGAGGAAAAGGAGCUAUGGGAGAUGGAGCUGGACAAGCUCAAGAAUCAGGAUGGUGAGAUCAACCGAAACAUUAUGGAGGAAACUGAACGAGCCUGGAAAGCUGAGAUCUUAUCACUAGAAAGUCGGAAAGAACUGCUGGUAUUAAAGCUGGAAGAAGCAGAGAAGGAGGCAGAGCUGCAUCUGACCUAUAUCAAGUCAACACCUCCAGCAUUGGAAACAAUUCGUUCCAAGCAGGAGUGGGAGACAAGAUUGAAUAGAGUUCGGAUAAUGAAGGAGAGCGUUCGGGACCAAUUUAAUAACCAUAUCCAACUGGUGAGGAAUGGGGCAAAGCUGAGUAGUCUUCCACAGAUCCCUACCCCUACUCUGCCCCCACCCCCUUCAGAGACAGACUUCAUGCUUCAGGUGUUUUCACCUAAUCCUUCCCUGGCUCCUCGAAUGCCUUUUUCCAUUGGGCAGGUUACCAUGCCCAUGGUCAUGCCCAGUGCAGACCCUCGUGCACUGUCCUUCCCAAUGCUGAACCCUGCUAUCUCAAGGCCCAACCAGCCCUCCCCACCUCUACCUGUCACCCAUGGGAGAAACAGUCCUGGCUUGGCUUCUCUUGUUGGCCCCCAUGGUCCGCAUGUGUCCCCUGCUACCUCCCUCCCACCUCCACCGGGCUUGGGUGGUGUUAAGGCUCCCACUGAAUCUCACCGACCCCAGCCAGUGGACAAACUAGAAAAGAUCCUGGAGAAGCUUCUGGCUCGGUUUCCACAGUGCAACAAGGCACAGAUGACCAAUAUCCUUCAGCAGAUCAAGACAGCACGAACCACCAUGGCAGGACUGACGAUGGAGGAGCUGAUCCAGCUGGUGGCCGCACGACUGGCAGAGCAGGAGCGCUUGGCAGCGAGUGCUCAGCCCCUUGGUCGGAUCCGAGCUCCCUUGUUUCCUGCUCCCUUGGCUCAGAUAAACACUCCCAUGUUCCUGCCCUCUGCUCAGGUGUCUUAUCCUGGGAGGCCUUCACAUGCUCCAUCUGCCUGCAAGCUGUGUCUUAUGUGCCAGAAGAUCGUUCAGCCCAGUGAGCUCCAUCCCAUGGCCUGUGCCCAUGUGUUGCAUAAGGAGUGUAUCAAAUUCUGGGCCCAGACCAACACAAAUGACACUUGUCCCUUUUGUCCAACUCUCAAGUGAUGGACCUGGCUGGAAAGGAAGAAGAGGAGAGACAGAUAUGAACAGGAAGGAGAGGGUUCAAGAUUCUAGAGCUCUAUAUUUAUACAGCAGUGUGUACUCAUGCCAUGUACAUUUUUAUUAUAUAGGUAAUGUGUGUAUAGAAAGUCUGUAUGCAAACAUUCAUAAAUGAAAGUAUGUAUAUUA